AUGGAAAUGAGUUUCAAAUAUGACGUCAUCCACUCAUAUCAUUCAGCGGAUGAUAUUCAACAAUCAGUGAAACUUGGAGUUGAAUAUCUUAAAGAUUUAUUCAGAAAAUCUACUAUAUUUGAAGUUUUCCUUUAUCCGGAUGAUUUUUCUGCAUCCAGACGUCCCUUUUAUACGGGAUUCAAUGAAUCUGACAAUCUUUUCAUUGAAGGAGACAAGACAAUUGAGAACGUUGAUCUGAAAUCAAUACUGGAAAAUUUGAAGGUCAAAAAUCAAUUGACCCUGCAUAUUCCAGUGAAUUCAUCAUUCGAAUGCAACACAAAUCUUCUCAAAUUCAAAUGGCUUACUUGUUCAUAUAAAGAGAUUAGUAGUCGAUGGAUAACUAGGGAAGUACUUGUGAAUUUGAAAUGUACUCAUAUGCAAUUCCAUUACACUCUUCUGGAAGCCGAUGACAUCAUGCCAUUCUUCGAGAAAUGGUAUUACUCUGAUGAUACAGAAUUCACUAUAUUGCUUGUAAAAACAGAUAAAUCGUUUGCUGGAAUAAACUUUGACAGGUUCCAUCCAACUCAAUGGAAUCCCGAACAACGAGGUCCCAAGUUCUUAUAUACUCCAGAUUUCGCUGUCGACUGUACCAGUGGAGUAGAUAUAAUGAGAAAAGAUGGUUUACUGUGCACUGUGGACAACAGGAUUAAUGUCCUUAUCUUUGCUGUCUGGCACAACCGAUUCCAUGAUGUUUCUGGGGUGUCGAGAAAUCGUUAA